AUGUCGCAGUCAUCUGAUGUUAAAUUACAUGUCUUCAGCAAGCUCUUCGAAGGCCCAGAUAACCAAGUCUGCUUUGAUUGUAACAUGCCUGGCCCUACAAGCUGUUCUUAUAACCAUGGCAUCUUUCUCUGUUCGAAGUGUGCGGAUUCUCAUAGAGUGCUUUUGCCUGAGAUUUCCAAAAUUAAGCUGAUAGUUGAAGAACCAUGGAGCUAUAAGGAGCUUAAAUUAUUGAUUUCUGGUGGAAACUCUACACUUACUCCUCCCCUCUGUAAGUGAACAAAACUAUUAUAAGGGUCGCUAUUUUUUGCCCAAAAACCCACCCUCCGUAAGUGAACCAAAAUUUUUUUAAUAGAAAAAAUUUUUUAUGGAAAAAAAUUUUGAUAUAUAAAUGAUAAUUAGUAUAAUGAAAUCUAGAGCUAAUUCUUUUAAUUUUAAACGAAUUGCUUUUUUAAAACAUAAAUUUUAUAAAUUAAAUUAAUAUUUGCUUUCCAAUUUUUGCGAUUUAGGAUUUUUUUAAAUUUCGAAAAAAAAAAAAUAUUUUUUAUAAAAUUUAUAUAUAAAUUUUUUUUAAAAAACAAAUAAACACCCCUCCGUGAGUGAACAAAAUUUUUUUUGUUCACUCACAGAGGGGGGAGUUAGAGAAUUUUUGACUUAUUAUGAAAUUGGGGGGAAGAUAUUUUCAUAAUUUUUACCUAAAAUAUGCUGAAUGGCCAAUUCGUCAUUAUUUAUAGAUCCUUGAAAUUAGCCCAGACACUCCAAUAAAUGUGAAAUAUAGAACCAAAGCUAUGGACUAUUAUCGGAAAAUGCUUGAUACUGUCUCAGAUAGAAGAACAUAUGAGAUUCCUUUCCCAGCCAAAAAUAUAGGCUCAGAAGUAAUCAAAGAAGAAGAAUUCAAAGAGCAAAAAAGACUCCCAGACAUCCAAGAUCUAGAAUGCAUGCCGAACCCUCAAGAGGAAAAGUUUUUAAUGGGCACUGAGACAGCUUCAGCAGGGAUUCUUUCGAGCAUGUUUUCUAAGGUGGUAGAACUAGGAAGCAGUGCAAAAGAAAAGGUGGAAGAAAUUGGACAGUCAAAAGCAGUGAAAUCGGUAGAAUCAGCUACACAGUCAGCCGUAGAAUCUAUAGGAGAAGGGGUCAGCAUGCUUGUAGGAAAAGUUAAAGGGGCAGUCUAUGGACAAAAAGGGAUGUCGGAAUCUGAAGCUUCAAAAGGCGGGUAUUUAGAUGUGGCGCUAAAUAACCGGCAUAGUUAUGAAAAUAUAGACUCAAAUCCUCUAGUGAGAUUGAGAAAAGGAGAAAUUAUGGAUUUAAUUGGACAGCAUGAAGGUCAAAAAGAAGCCAUUGGGUUCACACAAGGAACCUCUGGAACCUCAAGCUUAGUAAGUUAA